AUGAUGCCAAAAUUCAGUGUCUCUGUGAAGGAGCUUAAGAGGGUAGGCUCCAUGGCAGCUCCAAUGGUGGCUGUGACAGUAUCUCAGUACCUUCUGCAAGUUGUGUCACUCAUGAUGGUGGGACAUCUUGGGAUACUUGUCUCCUUCUCUGGUGUUGCCAUUGCCUCCUCUUUUGCUGAAGUUACAGGCUUCAGUGUUCUUCUGGGAAUGGCUGGUGCAUUGGAAACUUUAUGUGGCCAAACCUAUGGUGCAGAGGAAUUUAGAAAGCUCGGAAACUACACAUGCUGUGCAAUUGUGACUCUAAUCUUGGUUUGUCUCCCCAUAUCUCUGGUGUGGAUAUUCACGGAUAAGAUACUCUUGCUGUUUGGUCAAGACCCUGAAAUUUCUAAUGUAGCUCGUGAAUAUUGCAUAUGCCUCAUCCCUUCACUCUUUGGCUAUGCUGUUCUUCAAUCACUGACUCGCUACUUCCAGACUCAGAGUAUGAUCUUUCCCAUGGUUUUCAGCUCAAUUGCGGUUCUGUGUUUGCAUAUACCUAUUUGUUGGGGUCUGGUAUUUAAAUUGGGACUGGGACAUGUUGGAGCAGCAUAUGCUAUUGCAAUUUCAUAUUGGUUGAAUGCCAUUGGUCUUGGACUUUAUAUGAACUACUCUUCAGCAUGUGAGAAAACCAAGAUUGUGUUUACUAGUAAUGCUUUAAGAAACAUUCCUGAGUUCUGCCGUUAUGCUAUCCCUUCUGGACUUAUGUUUUGUUUUGAAUGGUGGUCUUUUGAGCUUCUUACAUUACUUGCGGGGCUUUUACCUAAUCCACAACUCGAAACUUCAGUUCUUUCUGUCUGCCUUAACACAACUACAUUGCACUACUUCAUUCCUUACGCUGUUGGAGCUUCUGCAAGCACUCGGGUUUCAAAUGAAUUAGGAGCAGGGAACGCAAAGGCAGCUCAAGGUGCUGUUCGUGUUGUUGUGAUUCUUGGAAUUGCUGAGGCAAUUAUUGUCAGCACAUUCUUCAUUUGUUGUCGGCAUAUAUUAGGAUAUGCUUAUAGCAAUGACAAGGAAGUUAUAGAUUACGUCGCAGAAAUGGUUCCACUUCUUUGUGUGUCUGUUACUGCAGAUAGUCUCAUAGGAGCUCUUUCAGGUAUUGCAAGAGGUGGAGGAUUUCAGCAAAUGGGGGCUUAUGUGAACCUUGGAGCCUAUUAUCUUGGAGGUGUUCCAAUGGGACUCUUAUUGGGUUUUGUCCUAAAGCUCAAUGCCAAAGGGCUCUGGAUGGGAACCCUAACAGGGUCUAUUCUACAAGUUAUUAUACUGGCUAUUGUAACAGUGUUAACAGAUUGGCAGAAAGAGGCAACUAAAGCAAGGGAAAGAAUAGUUGAGAACUCAAUUACACCUCAUAACGGAUUCGCAUAAAAUUUGAGAUAUCUAAUUGAUGAAUAAAAGAAAGAGUGGAAGAAAAAUGGAAGUACUGACAAUUUGAUGUCAGUCUUUUGAUUUUUUUUUUUUUUUUGGGGUGUCAGAAAGUGUAUUUCUUACAGUGAUUAAAGAGCUUUAAUUAUGUUAAUUGAUAAAACUUAACUUAUUCUGUACAUAUAUGAUAUUUGAACUGGAAUUGUGCC